AUCCGCAAGAGAAGCAAAGCUUGCCGGGGAGGCUUGUGGGAAAACGAUGAGCUCGUGUCUAUCAACGGAAAGCCAUGUGCCAACCUCUCCCAUGCCAGUGCCAUGCAAAUCAUCGACUCUUCCAACGGCAUCCUCAACAUUGUGGUUAAAAGGGCAGUCAGCGGAGAUUCCUCUGCUGCGAGACUGCUGCGUUCCCCUUCUCCCAAACAGGCACGAGCGGUCUCACCGGCUUCCCCACUCAGCCAGGCUACUCAGGCACUCAGCCCUGAACCGCCUGCUCCCCCCAUUGCCCCACAGCCUGAGCAACAGUCCCGGCGGCGGCAGCAGCUGGAGAAUCUCACCUCACCUCCAGAUAGUGAAGCGUAUUAUGCCGAGACAGAUAGCGAUGCUGACAAUGUGGCCCAUGAGAAGCACCGGAGGGCUCGCAAAAAAAGUCCCCGUUCCCCACCAGGAGGGCCAAACAAUAAGGCGGGUGAGCCACAGGACGAAGUGUCCCUCUCAGAGAUGAGCGGUUACGAGAGCACUCCGGAGGCUGCGGCCCAAACCAGAGAAGGAGGUGACGGCCUGACUGGAGUGGCCAAGAGAGAGAUUGUGUGUCAGCCAGGCAGCCGCACGGACACCCCUUUCUCCGAGACUGAGGCUUUGGUGGAGCUGCCCCUGCCUGAAGACAGAGAGACUUCCCCGGAGGCCCUGCUCCUGCCGCACGCCACCAAGAUCAUCCGUGCUGAGAGGCACCUCAUCCCCAUGGUGGGGCCUGUAGAGCACCCUGUCGACGAAGACCUGACCACCACCUAUGCCGAAAAAGCCAAGCAAGCCAAGCUUCACCGCAGCGAGAGCAUGCAGGAGAAGAAUGUGAAAGAAGCCAAAACAAAAUGCCGAACCAUCGCAUCCCUGCUGACAGAUGCACCCAACCCUCAUUCCAAGGGAGUCCUGAUGUUCAAAAAGCGUAGGCAGAGGGCCAAGAAGUACACCCUGGUCAGUUUUGGGAGUGUUGACGAAGACCGUUGCUAUGAUGAAGAAGACGGCGUCUUCCCAACCAGUGAGUCUGAGUUUGACGAGGAAGGCUUCUCCGAUGCUAGGAGUUUAACCAAUCACUCUGACUGGGACAACACCUACCUCGAUAUGGAGAAGCCCAAGGAACAGGCUGCACAAGAGCAGCCUCAACAAGGCCUCACUGAUGCCUCAGGCAGGGGGGCACAGUUAUUUGAGCAGCAAAGACAGAAGGCUGGUAGACACACUUUGGAGAACGUCCCUCCCCAAAAGUCAGAGGAACAGCUCCCGCCACCAGUUCUCCUGCUCACCCCCAGCGUGGGGCAUCGUGAAACACUUACUCCACAGAAGGCAGAGAAGGCCCCGCUGAACAUCCAAGUUGAAGCUGUACAAGUCUCCAGCCAACUGCCGUCCCCUAGCCCUGCUCAGCUCCAGUCUCCCACUGCCAUCUUUGGAGGAGGAGGUGGUUCUCAGGUACCUCCAAGUACCACGGGUCUCUUCAACAGAUCUGCCCGGCCCUUCGCUCCUGGUUUCUCAGGGCAGCGGCCUGUGACUUCCUCUGUUGUGUUCAGGCCCUCCGUGCCAAGGAAAAACCACGAGGGCCAAGGUGGACAGAGAACUGCUGUGGCUCCUUUCUCCCCUGCCUCACCAGGGACCUCUGUGCUUCCUUCCACUCCAUCGGCGACGCAGCCUCCCGGCCUGGCAAGCACCUCGGUGUCUCUGUACAUCCCAACCACACCAACUUCUCUGCAAUCAUCAGCAAGCAACUUACGAACUGGAAACUCAGCAGAGGCCAAGCCAUCUUCCAGCACGGCAAGAACCUCCACUGCUUCCAUAUACCUGUCGAAUCCCUCCAGACCAGCUGGAGAUGCGGUCGCUAGUAAGUCUUUGGCACCAUCGUUGUCUUCACAAUUAGCUCAAGGGACAACUUCUUCCUCUCUGAACAUCAGCCCAGUCCCAGCACAGCCCAGCCAGCCUCCAAUCCAGCCAGCCACUGGUGUGGCCCCAGCCACUCCACGGCCUGCUUCUGAGCCUCCCAGCUCCAGGGAGCAGAGGAUUGCCGUGCCAGGCCCCAGAACGGGCAUCUUGCAGGAAGCCCGUCGACGGAGCAGCAAGAAGCCCAUGUUCAAGUCUGUAGAGGAGAAGAAAAAGAAUUCGCCUAACCCAGAGUUGCUCUCUCUAGUGCAGAACCUGGAUGAAAAGCCCAAAGGCGAUCAACACGGGGCCGGCUUUGAGUCUGGGCCAGAGGAAGACUUCCUCAGUCUAGGGGCAGAAGCCUGCAAUUUCAUGCAGUCUUCUGCCCGCAAGUUCAAGACCCCGCCCCCAGUAGCCCCUAAACCCCAGCAAGGAAAAGGCCCCGGUGGACUUGUGAACGGGUCGUCUCCUUCACAUGACAUACCACAUUUGAAGGGGAAAGGGGCAGAGCUUUUUGCCAAGCGACAGAGCCGCAUGGACAAGUAUGUGGUGGAAGCAGCGCCAACACCAGCCCUAAAGCCCCGGACCCCAUCCCCCACUCCUUCCCUGCCUUCCUCUUGGAAGUAUUCCCCAAACAUCCGUGCCCCACCUCCCAUU